GUGUGUGUGUGUGUGUGUGUGUGUGUGUGUGUGUCCAAACUGUCAACGAAUGACCCACAUUUAUUUCCUGCAGCACAUUUCCACUCACCGCCUCUCUUCCCGUCUGUGUCUCGCAGGAUGUCGAUCGUCAGCGUCGUUGCCAGGGAGAUCUUGGACUCCCGAGGAAACCCCACAGUGGAAGUGGACCUUCGCACAGAGAAAGGUCUGUUCAGAGCAGCCGUGCCCAGCGGAGCAUCCACUGGAAUCUACGAGGCUCUGGAGCUCCGAGAUGGAGACAAGAGCCGCUACAAGGGAAAAGGUGUUUUGAAGGCAGUCGGUCACAUCAACGACACUCUGGGUCCGGCGCUUAUAGCAUCCGGUAUCAGCGUGGUGGAACAGGAGCAGCUGGACAACACGAUGAUCGAGAUGGAUGGCACAGAAAACAAAUCUCAGUUUGGGGCUAACGCCAUCCUGGGAGUGUCUCUCGCCAUCUGUAAGGCUGGUGCAGCAGAGAAAGACGUCCCCCUGUACCGCCACAUAGCUGACCUGGCUGGAAACACAGAGCUGGUGCUGCCGGUUCCUGCGUUUAAUGUGAUAAAUGGAGGUUCUCAUGCGGGUAACAAACUGGCCAUGCAGGAGUUCAUGGUUCUCCCUGUUGGAGCUGAAUCGUUCAAGGAGGCGUUAAGGAUAGGAUCGGAGCUCUACCACACACUGAAGGGAGUGAUCCAGGAGAAAUACGGGCAGGACGCCAUCAAUGUGGGAGACGAGGGAGGAUUUGCUCCCAACAUCCUGGAGAACAGUGAAGCUCUGGACCUGCUGCAGACGGCUAUCGAGAAGGCCGGCUUUACAGAGAAGGUGGUGGUCGGGAUGGACGUGGCCGCCUCAGAGUUUUACCGUGACGGGAAAUAUGACCUGGACUUUAAAUCUCCUCCAGAUCCAGAGAGACACAUCUCUGGAGAGGAGCUGGCCGACAUCUACCAAGGCUUCGUCAACAACUACCCAGUGGUGUCCAUCGAGGACCCAUUCGACCAGGACGACUGGGAGGCCUGGUCCCGUCUGACAGCUCGGGUGGGUAUCCAGGUUGUGGGUGACGACCUGACGGUGACCAACCCCAAGAGGAUAGAGAAAGCUGCAGAGGAGCGAGCCUGCAACUGUCUGCUGCUCAAAGUCAACCAGAUUGGCUCCGUCACCGAAGCCAUACAGGCGUGUAAACUGGCUCAGGCGAACGGUUGGGGUGUGAUGGUCAGCCAUCGCUCAGGAGAGACGGAGGACACCUUCAUCGCUGACCUGGUGGUCGGCCUCUGCACAGGACAGAUUAAGACUGGCGCCCCCUGCAGAUCUGAGCGACUCGCCAAGUACAACCAGCUCAUGAGGAUCGAGGAGGAGCUUGGCGACCAGGCGCGCUUUGCAGGCCAUAACUUCAGGAACCCCAGCGCCCUGUGAAGCUGACAGACACAUGAAUGACCCACACACACACACGACAUACACAAGAGCCAUGUACAGUGAAUGAUCACACAGACUCAUGAAGAAACACAGGAGCUACAGAGCCAAGCAAAAAAUCAAAAAUAAUAAAAUAAUUGAUGCACUGGACUUAUAGGUAGGAAGGUGAUGCUGUAUGCACACACACACACACACACACACACACACAAACACACUUAGAGUACGCAGCACGCACUCACGCACACGCAGGGGAACACCUUCAAUAUGUCACACUCACAAGCCAGACAUGCACUGUUACUGUAGUUCUAAAGGUUCAUGUACAGAGGACAGAAUAAAGAUUAACGUAGAGAUAGAAUCAUGUAGACUGACGCACGCAACCGAAAGAGAUCAAAAAUAAAAGUUCAAACACCAAAAGAGGACGAAGCAUCCGCAGAGAGAAACACACAAACAGUUGCUUCAGGGACUGUGAACAACAACACACACACCUGAACACUUGCACACUGGGCUGUGUGGCACUGACAAACCUGCACUCUCACACCUGUCCCAUCCCCCUCCCUCUUUUUGUCUCCCUCUCCUCCUCCUCCUCCUCGUCAGUCCGUCUCUCAGUUUCUAACCCGCUCUGAUGUGAUUCUGAUUAUUUGUGUUUCAUGCUUGAAGUCCCGCCCUCUGUCCUUCAGAGAAGAAAAAGAAGAGUCCCUUCUGUUCCUCCUGAAUGUCCUUAGAUUAGACGUGUCCCCCCCCC